AUGGCUGUCAAAGUCGCGAUCAUCUUCUACAGCAUGUACGGCCAUGUACGCAAGCUGGCCGAAGCUGAGAAGAAGGGUGUGGAGGCCGCUGGUGGUCAAGCAGACUUGUUCCAGAUCAAGGAGACCCUCCCUUCUGAGGUCACCACGAAGAUGCACGCUCCUCCCCAGGACGAGUCUAUCCCCUUCGCUACUCCCGAUACCAUGAAGGAAUACAAUACUUUCCUGUUCGGCGUGCCAACCCGUUACGGCAACUACUCCGCUCAGUGGAAGACCUUCAUCGAUCAGCUCGGCCAACUGUGGAUGUCCGGCGCGCUUGCUGGCAAGUACUUCGGUCUGUUCGUCAGCACUGCCUCGCAGGGUGGUGGCCAGGAGAGCACCGCCAUCGCAGCUCUCUCCUCCUGGGCACACCAGGGCAUGAUCUACGUGCCGCUGGGCUACGCCCAUGCAUUCGGCAUUCAAACAGAUCUGACCGAAGCACGUGGUGGUUCGCCAUGGGGUGCGGGUACCUACGCUGCUGGCGACGGUAGCAGACAGCCCAGUGCAAAGGAGCUCGAACUUGCCGAAAUCCAGGGCAAGCAGUUCGCGAUUACGGUUGGCAAAACCGCUGAUGGGACGACCACGGCGGCACCGGCAAAGAAAGAGGAACCCAUAAACCCGGCACCCACGAACGGCGCUACGAGUGAUGAGAAAACAACUGCCGCGCCCACGCCUGCCACUAAGACCGACCAAACCGCCCCCACACCGACUACCGAGAAGGACGACAAGGACGGAAAAUUCUGCGGCAUGAAAUGCGUUGUGCUCUGA